GUCUCCUUCUGGUUAGCAUUUACUUUGUCAAAGAAUCGCCAAUAUUUCUGCUCGCUAAAGGGAGAGAUGAGGAGGCAGAGAAAUCACUCCAGUUUUUCAGAGGAAAGAACUACAACAUUCAGGAUGAGAUGAAAGUCCUGAAGAAUUCCCUCGAAGACGCCCAGAAAAAUAGUUUCUCCCUGAAGGACCUGAAGCAGUCUUACGUCCUGAAACCUCUCUUCAUAUCUUUGCUCCUCAUGUUCUUUCAGCAGACUACAGGCGUUCCGGCCGUGAUGUUUAACCUCACUACAGUGUUCAGGGCAUCCGGUAGUGCUUUGUCAGAUGACAUGAGUGUUAUUAUCAUUGGCAUAGUUCAGGUUCUGGCCACGUGUGGCGGUAGUGUGCUGGCGGACAGAGCUGGGAGGAAAAAAUUACUCAUUAUGUCGGCCGCUGUCAUGGCUCUGUCCAUUGUCGGAAUGGGAGGAUUUUCCUACGCCAACAGUAUAUCCUCGCCUCGGCCUAAUCUUUCGUCAGUGUCAGCCUUUGGAGUUAUUCCCUUGGUCCUUCUGAUAGUAUUUAUCAGCGCCUUCUCCUUGGGCUUGGGUCCCGUGCCGUGGCUUAUGAUGGGUGAGCUUUUCCCCUCGAACGUGAGAGAAACGGCAGCUAGUUUAUCCAUCGUCUGUAACUGUCUCUCAGCCUUCCUGAUUACACUGAUUUUUUAUCCGAUGACUAUCUACCUCGGCGAACACGGCACGUACUGGGUGUUCGGCGCCAUCUGUAUCCUGGCUUUGGUCUUCUCUGUGUUUUUUGUGCCGGAGACGAAAGGAAAGACGUUAUUGCAGAUCUCAGCCUAUUUUGGAGCUCCUGAUGGGGUGGUGGACGAAGGCGAAGGAAAGAAUGGCGAAGUGGUUAUGGAGAAAACAGUAUAAAGUGUUGUGUGUGUGUUUCGUUUGGUGUUAUUUCGGUUUUUUUUUUUUGUUUU